UGAAAGGAAGGACAGGGCUCUCUCUCUCUCUCUCUCUCAGACAACCUGUUCGAUCAGAGCUCAACCAACGUGCUUGCUUAUUUGAGCGGAUACCUUUCAUAUAGUAAUUGAAAUGGCUGCCUACAAACUGGUCCUCAUUCGCCAUGGCGAGAGCUGCUGGAAUCAGGAGAAUCGUUUCUGCGGCUGGUUUGACGCGGACCUGAGUGAGACAGGGGCUCAGGAGGCAAAGAGAGGCGGUGAAGCUCUAAAAGAUGCAGGGUAUGAGUUUGACAUUUGUUACACUUCGGUGCUGAAGAGAGCCAUCCGGACGUUAUGGAUCGUUCUGGACAGUAUCGAUCAGAUGUGGCUGCCUGUGCACAGGACCUGGAGGCUAAACGAACGCCAUUAUGGUGGUCUCACAGGUUUAAACAAGGCCGAAACAGCUGCCAAACAUGGUGAAGCCCAGGUUAAGAUUUGGAGGCGCUCCUAUGACAUCCCCCCGCCAUCCAUGGAUGCAGAUCAUGACUUUUACAGCGCCAUCAGCAAGGAUAGACGUUAUGCAGACUUGACUGAGGACCAGCUGCCUUCCUGUGAGAGUCUGAAGGACACCAUUGCACGGGCAUUACCUUUCUGGAAUGAGGAGAUUGUUCCUCAAAUCAAGGAGGGGAAAAGAGUGUUGAUUGCUGCUCAUGGAAACAGUUUAAGAGGCAUUGUGAAACACUUAGAAGGUAUGUCUGAGGAGGCUAUCAUGGAGCUGAACCUGCCCACAGGCAUCCCUAUACUUUAUGAGCUGGACAAGAACCUGAAGCCUAUUAAGCCCAUGCAGUUCCUUGGAGAUGAGGAAACGGUUCGCAAGGCCAUGGAGGCUGUGGCUGCCCAGGGCAAAGCAAAGAAAUAGAGUAUUUAAUAUAUGAAAUAUUUUAAAUUAUACAUCAGCACUUAAUUGCUUUAAACAGGACAUGUUUAAGAUCAACAAGACAGAGUUCUAUAUGAGAUUAAAAGUUGCGUGUACAUGUUGAUAUAAAUUAUAUGACCACGUUUAUAAUUCUAGACUAUAGAUAUUUAUUAUAUACAGUGUUUACAAGGACCCCAUACUCAUUUUUUGUUUGGAGUAGUCUUCUUUGCAAAUCAUUCCUUCGGCUAAUUUACUGUCUCCAUGUUAUUUUGGCAAGAAAAUGUCUGGUAAAGCUUGAAUUCAUAAAGAGCGACAUAAUUCCUUAUGGACCAUAUACAUUUCCUUAAAAGCC